GCAUAUCUGCAGUGAUUUAAGGUGGAACGGAGAGUUCAAAUCCGAAACUGCAAUUGAGAAUCGGUGUUGUGUUUGAGACGCGCCCCUGGAUUUGCAUAACUAGACGGUUGCUCUAACACGGAUUUUUAAGGUGUCUUCCUGGUUCAGCUUGAGGUGAGCGCACAGAGCUAAGCAUGGUGGUUUUAUCGAAGGAAUAUGGCUAUGUGCUGCUCACAGGAACAGCGUCCAUUCUCCAGGUCACCUAUCUGGCGUAUGCUGUGGUAAAGGCUCGCAAAAAGUACAAUGUCCAGUAUCCCCAGAUGUACAGCAAUGACCCAGAGAAUGGGCAAAUCUUCAACUGUAUCCAGAGAGUUCACCAGAAUACUGUUGAAGGCUUACCCUCCUUCCUUUUCCUCUUGGCUGCUGGAGGCAUUUACCAUCCACGUUUGGCCAGCGUUUUGGGAAUAAUCUGGAUUGCGGGUAGAGCAGUGUAUGCACAUGGAUACUCCACUGGAGAGCCUGAGAAAAGGAAGCAGGGAGCUUUUGGGACUGUGGGUUUGCUUGGUCUGCUCAUCUGUACUGUGGACUCUGCAAGAAUCAUGGUGGGGUGUGGAUACACACCCCACUGGCCCAGAGGGCUGUUUAAAACCCACUAAAUAAAACGGACACACUCUUACUGGACAUUUCUUAAUGUGUAACUGUUUUUAUUAGUUAAAUAAAUUACAUGUUAUCAAUCAUAA